GUUUUGCUUCUUUCUUCGUGCCGUCUUCCAACAUUCUCUGGUUUUCUUUCUUAUUACUUGGCGUGAAAUGAAGUUUUAUUAAUCAAAAUCUUGAAUCCCUACUACCCACUUGUGUCGAAUCUUGAUGCUGAUUAUGGUGAUGACAAUAUAGGUGAGUGAGGUAAGGGUUUCAUUUCCACUUAUAAUGCUGGUUCUCCUCCAAGAUCCUUCCAUUGUUGGAAUCCUUUUAAGGUAGCUGAAUGGAUCAGACCCUUUUCUGGUAAAGUUUGAACCCUCAGCCUUGGAUGAGAACCACCAUCAUCACCUAAAAAUAACAACAUGGACAUGGUGUCUGGAAUUUCUUUGAGUUUUUCACUUUUUGGUUCAUGGGUGUUUGAAAUUUUGGUUCAUCAAGCACUUUUCAUCUUUCAUGAGACCAAGAUAGGGGUAUAUUUGUCAAAAAGCGAGUGAGUCCCUCUUGCUUGCUCAGUUGAAGUGAAAAUCUUGGUUCUAUCUCUUGAUGUUUCUUUCAUUAGUCUGAGAUUCUUGAUUGUCUUAAAGAGAAUUGCUAAUUUACGUAUGUUUUGUUGCAGCUGGGAUCUCCGUUUAGCUCUGUUCAUCUUCAGCAAUCCUGAGUGAAUCUUGAUCUAUGAGAAUCAUGGAUCUUGCCUACGAAAAAUGUUGCGGAAGUUCUAAGAAGGAUUCUUGGAGGACAACGUUGGUGUUAGCUUAUCAGAGUCUUGGUGUAGUCUAUGGAGACCUCAGCAUUUCCCCACUUUAUGUUUACAAAAGCACAUUUGCAGAUGACAUUCAUCAUUCAGAAACAAAUGAAGAGAUUUUUGGUGUGCUUUCGUUUGUUUUCUGGACGUUAACUCUUGUCCCUUUGUUCAAGUAUGUGUUCAUAGUUCUUCGAGCCGACGAUAAUGGUGAAGGUGGAACUUUUGCUCUGUAUUCCUCAAUUUGCCGGCAUGCCAAAGUGAGCCUCCUACCAAACCGGCAAGUUUCUGAUGAAUCACUUUCUACUUAUAAACUCAAGCAACCUCCAGAGAAGGAAAACAACUCGCAAGUGAAAAUGUUGCUUGAAAAGCAUAAGCCUUUGCAUACAGCUUUACUGAUCCUGGUUCUUCUUGGCACUUGUAUGGUCAUUGGAGAUGGACUCCUCACUCCAGCCAUAUCUGUUUUUUCUGCUGUUUCUGGGCUUGAGUUAUCAAUGUCCAAAGAACACCAUGAAUAUGCUGUCAUCCCGAUUACCUGCUUCAUAUUAGUGUGCCUAUUUGCACUACAACAUUACGGCACUCAUCGAGUCGGUUUCUUGUUUGCUCCAAUCGUGCUGUUAUGGCUGGUAUGCAUCAGCGGCCUCGGGUUAUACAAUAUAAUGCACUGGAAUCCACAUGUUUAUGAAGCUCUUUCGCCUUAUUACAUGUAUAAGUUUUUGAAGAAGACAAAGAAACAAGGGUGGAUGUCUUUGGGUGGCAUUUUGCUGUGCAUUACAGGCUCGGAAGCAAUGUUUGCCGAUCUUGGUCACUUCUCAUAUACUGCAAUUCAGACCGCUUUCACAUUCCUGGUUUAUCCUGCAUUAAUACUAGGCUACAUGGGGCAAGCAGCUUAUUUGUCAAAACAUCACCAAAUGGCUCACGACAUCAGUUAUUACGUCUCAGUACCAGACAGUGUAAGGUGGCCAGUGCUUGUGAUAGCCAUUCUUGCUUCUGUGGUUGGAAGUCAAGCAAUCAUCAGUGGAACGUUCUCGAUCAUUAACCAAAGCCAAUCGCUUGGUUGCUUUCCAAGGGUUAAGGUUAUUCAUACAUCAGACAAGAAACAUGGUCAGAUUUACAUCCCAGAGAUUAACUGGAUACUCAUGAUCCUAUGUAUUGCUGUGACCAUUGGAUUCAGAGACACCAAACACAUGGGAAAUGCAUCAGGAUUGGCUGUUAUGGCUGUGAUGCUUGUCACGACUUGCCUCAUGGCAUUGGUUAUCGUUCUUUGUUGGCAUAAACCUCCGAUCUUAGCUCUUUGCUUCCUACUUUUCUUCGGUUCUAUAGAACUACUCUACUUCUCAGCUUCCCUAGUUAAGUUUCGUGAAGGUGCAUGGCUCCCGAUCCUUUUAGCACUCUUUCUCUUGACCGUAAUGUUUGUUUGGCACUAUGCCACCAUCAAGAAGUACGAAUAUGACCUUCAGAAUAAGGUGUCUUUAGAAUGGUUACUGGCUUUGGGUCCAAGUUUGGGCAUUUCUAGGGUCCCUGGCAUUGGCCUUGUGUUCACGGACCUUACCUCGGGAAUCCCUGCUAACUUCUCGCGAUUCGUGACCAAUCUGCCCGCGUUUCACCGUAUUUUGGUGUUUGUGUGUGUGAAAUCUGUACCUGUUCCUUUCAUCCCUCCAGCUGAGAGGUACCUUGUAGGCCGUGUAGGUCCCUCUACCCUUAGGUCGUAUAGGUGCAUUGUGCGUUAUGGGUAUCGUGAUGUUCACCAGGAUGUGGAUUCGUUUGAGUCCGACCUUGUUAACCGGCUCGCUGAUUUCAUUCGCUAUGAUUGGUGCCGUCCUGAAUCGACGAGUGAUACAGGUAACGAGGAUGACGGGUUGCGGUCAGGACAGUCAUCGGGGGAGGAUAGGCUUGCAGUAAUAGGGAACAUGGACUUUUCUGCGUCAUGGGCUUUUGAAGCAGAGGAAAGUAUGCAACACGUUAGCGUAUCUGUCGGGUCCCACACAGACGAUAGUGUAACGGACAUAAUCGAGAUGGUCCCACAGAUCAAAAGAAAACGAGUAACGUUUGCAGUUGAAGAUCACGACGAGGUCGACGCUCCAAAACACGUGCAAAUGAGAGAAGAACUUGAAGAUCUGUUGGGGGGUCAGCAAAGCGGAACCGCAUUCAUACUCGGUCACUCGCAUGUGAAAGCGAAACACGGAUCGUCAAUUUUGAAGAGGUUAGCAAUCAAUUUUGCGUAUAAUUUUCUGCGGCGGAAUUGCCGGGGACCGGAUGUUGCACUGAAGGUGCCGCCGGCAUCUUUGCUGGAAGUUGGCAUGGUUUAUGUUGUAUAGAACCCAUAUACUGAUGCAUUGUGUAACUAGUUUGUGUGCUCAUAUCAAUACAAAUCAUCUUGCUCUCCUCAAA